GCUUCUCUGAUCUAACAAGGCAGUAGGACAAAGCUACCACCGUUUUCCCUGGUUCUGCCUGCGCCAGAGGAUGACUUCCCUUCCAGGUUGACCAGAAAGGCCAUGGGCGCCGGGAGAGCCCCCCAAAGACCAGCGUGCACCCCACAUCACGCGCUUGUGGCCAUCCUCCUGGGUCUGGCAGCCUCUCUGAACUGGAAGGCAGCCUCCAGCCUGAGUCCCUUCGAUAAGUGCAUGGAGGACCCUGAUUAUGAGCAGCUGCUCAAGGUGGUGACCUGGGGCCUCAAUCGGACCUUGAGGCCCCAAAGGGUGGCAGUUGUUGGUGCAGGUAUAGCCGGACUGACAGCCGCCAAGGUGCUCAGCGAUGCGGGACACAAGGUCACGGUCCUGGAGGCAGAUAAUAGGAUUGGGGGCCGCAUCCUCACCUUCCGGGAUGGGAAGACAGGCUGGAUAGGGGAGCUGGGGGCCAUGCGAAUGCCCAGCUCCCACAGGAUCCUGCACAUGCUCUGUAGGAGCCUGGGCCUCAACUUGACCCGGUUCACGCAGUAUGAUGAGAACACAUGGACCGAGGUGAAUGACGUGAGGCUGCGGAACUAUGUGGUGGAGAAGAUGCCAGAAAAGUUGGGCUACGACCUGAGCCACAGGGAGAGAGGCCGCUCCCCAGAGGACAUCUACCAGAUGGCACUCAACAAGGCCCUCAAGGACCUCAAGGCCUUGGGCUGCAAGAAAGCCAUGAAGAAGUUCAAUAGGCACACGCUGCUGGAAUACCUCCUUGGGGAGGGCAACCUGACCCGGCCGGCCGUGCAGCUCCUGGGAGACGUGAUGUCCAAGGAGGGCUUCUUCUACCUCAGCUUUGCAGAGGCUUUACGUGCCCACAGCUGCCUGAGCGACCGACUUCGGUACAGCCGCAUCGUGGGUGGCUGGGACCUGCUGCCACGUGCGCUGCUGAGCUCAUUGUCUGGGCCAGUGCUGCUGAAUGCGCCCGUGGUGGCGAUCACUCAGGGGGCGCACGAUGUGCUCAUACACAUCGCCACUUCGGUACAGUCUCGUAGCCUGAAGGUGCUGAUGGCUGACCUGGUUCUGCUGACGGCCAGUGGGCCUGCGCUGCAGCGCAUCACCUUCACGCCGCCACUGACGCGGAGGAGGCAGGAGGCACUGCGCGCGCUGCACUACGUGGCAGCCAGCAAGGUUUUCCUGAGUUUCCGCCGGCCCUUCUGGCACGAGGAGCACAUCGAGGGCGGCCACUCCAACACUGACCGCCCAUCGCGCCUUAUAUUCUAUCCGGCGCCGGGCGAGGGCGCCCUACUACUGGCCUCGUACACGUGGUCGGAUGCUGCAGCCCCUUUCGCCGGCCUGAGCACAGAACAGGCCAUGCACGUGGCGCUCAAGGACGUGGCGGCCCUACAUGGGCCAGUCGUGUACCGCCUGUGGGACGGCACGGGCGUAGUCAAACGCUGGGCAGAGGACCCGCACAGCCAGGGUGGCUUUGUGGUGCAGCCGCCAUUGUUUGGGCAGGGGGAUGAGGACUAUGACUGGUCAUCCCCCUAUGGCCGCAUUUACUUCGCGGGUGAGCACACAGCCCUUCCACAUGGCUGGGUAGAGACUGCUGUCAAGUCCGCAUUGCGGGCGGCGGUGAAGAUCAAUAACCAUGUGUCCAGGGUGCCCAGCCCCCAGAAGCAGGAGCAUGCCAGUCUCCGGAAGCAGGAACGCACACAUGCAGAGGCCAGAGAGGAUCAGGAUCAAGAGGUCAGCCCAGGUGAGCAGCAGCAGGAGGAAAUCCUAGAGGGGCAGGAGUCCCAACACGAAGAGACCAGCCCGGUGGGACACGUGUUUGUGGAGGCCAUCCCUGAGUUGCGGGGACAUGUGUUCGUAGAGACCAUUCCCCAGGGGAAGGGGCAUAUACACACACACAAGAAUAUCAUGCCUUCGCACACGCAUGGGCAUGUCAUCCCUGAAGAGCACAUGCACGGGGGACACAAGCACGUGGGAUCUGGUCCCCAGCGGCACUGGCAUCUGCACAGAGGGGCAGGUCACACUCCGUGCAAAGGGGGAAGAGGCACCCAGUCCCCAACCCAGUCUAAUCUAGAGCAGGCCACCUACAAUAAUAGCCCACAAUAA